AUGCAAACCAAUUUACAUCAACUAAUUGCUAAAAGAAUUCAAAGCGCAAGCUGUCUUAUUAUCACAGCAGGAGCAGGAAUGGGUGUAGAUUCAGGACUUCCAGAUUUUAGGGGGAAAGAAGGAUUUUGGAACAAUUACAUUCCUUUUAGGAAUAAAUUCUCUUUCACUGAGUGUGCUAAUCCAUAAUUUUUAUUAGAUCAUCCAAAUUUAUUUUGGGGGUUUUAUGGACACAGACUCCAUUUAUAUAGAGAAACACAACCUCACAAAGGUUUUGGAAUGUUAAAAACUUGGAGUUAAAAUAAAAAAAGUUUUGUACUCACCUCAAAUGUUGAUGGACAUUUCUAAAAAGCAGGAUUUGAUAAUAAGAGUGUUUAUGAAGUUCAUGGCUCAAUUAAUUUUAUGCAAUGCACAAGCUGUUAAAGAAUUUAUUCAGCAGAUGGAUACAAUAUUAUUUAUGAUAUGAAUACAUUUGAGGCUAAAGAUCCACUUCCUAAUUGUAAGAAUUGUGUAAAUGUUAUAGUACGUCCUAAUAUUUUGAUGUUUGGGGAUUACUCUUUUAUGUCAGAUAGAGUUGAAGAAUAAGAAGAUAGGUAUCUGUAGUUUAAAAAUCAAUUAACUACAUAAGAUAGAAUUAUUGUUUUAGAAUUUGGAGCAGGGGAAGCUGUUGCAACUAUAAGGAUGAUGGGCGAAGAAUUAUUCUUAAAAUACAAGCAUAUAACAUUCAUAAGAGUUAAUCCAAGAGAUGAUAAUUCUCCUUUUGGUUGGAAGUAAUAGUAAAAUACAGAAGAUAAAGCUUUUUAUGCAUUAAAAUAAGGGGCUCUUGAAGCAAUAACAUAAAUCUAAUAAUAUAUGUUGUGA